AUUUCUGUGUAUUCAAUGAUAACCUGUGCAAUAUUGAUUACAGGUAGCAAACACGGACGUAACUACUUUUGAUUAUUGCGGAGUAAUUUCACUCGAUUUUGGAAUACCAAUAACAACUCUAACGAUUGCUAACCAGUACGAAAAGGUCUUAAUGCGGCUUCUGUGUGGAUUGGUCGUUUUCAUUAUUCACGUGCCCAAUGAAACGCAUGAAAAUGUCUUGCUUGGAAAAUGGAAUGAGACAUCAAUAGAGUGUUCCUCAAAAUCAGAACUCACAUUUACGUUUAUAAGCAAAACAUCAAAUAGAUCGCGAAAUAUUGCAGAAUGUGACGUAAUGAGCAAAACAUGUUUUAUGCUUGACAAGGCUCUGCGACACACUUACACAAUUUACUACACUGGUCGCGGAGGUAUUUUACAAAUUAUAAAUCCAGAAGAAACACAUGGGACUUAUUUAUGCUUCGAAACGUACAGACCAGAAAUGUUUGCCAGCACGACCAUUAUGUCGCCUUUAUCAUUUGCGGGUGAUAAUUCUGGGAACGAUGCAAUGGUCACUGUGACGGGAAAGUCAAUAGAAUGUUCUUCAAACUCAGAACUCACGUUUAAGUUCUUUAACAGUAAAUUAAAAGUAACUCGAACACUCGCCGAAUGUGACGAAAUGUCAAAAUCAUGUUUAAUGUUUGGGAAAGAUAUUUCCAGCAAAUACAAACUUUCUUACACUGGUCGCGGAGGAAUUUUGCAAAUAACCGUUUUAGACGAUGAAACAACUGGCACAUACAUAUGUUGUGAAACCUACGAUCCCAGCAAUAGUGUACGUACUGAUAUCAUGGCUGACUAUAAGAAUGAAUUUUAUAACACUAUCGAUGUUGUCCGUGAAGUGUUACAGAAUGAAACGGAUAGAUCUUCGGGGAAAUCUAGCACGAACAAUGAAACUAUUUACUCAAUUGCGAUUCCUGUUUGUGUCGUUGUGGUUAUCAUCCUUAUCGGAUUGAUUAUUUAUGUUCCGAUACACAAACGCAGUCAAAGUCAAGCUAACCAGAGGGUUGAAUUUAAUAGAAAAGCAAAAGAGAACGAAACCUUUUUGGUGGAGAGCUCCAUGGAUAUUCGACAUAGCCGAGAAAGGGAAGUACGCGCUACAACAACAAAAGAGACGUAUGAACUAGAGUCGACCACAGUGGAAAUAAGUACUUUUGCUGACAAGGUAAUCGAAGGCGUGAACACUACAUCCAUGUCUAAAGAAGAUGAAAUUAAAAGAGGUAUUGAGUAAAAACAAGGUGACGGGGACGAUCAGUGCUAGCGACAACGCGAAGACGACGGCACUGGUUAUUAGAUGGGAAUGGAUCUUUGAAGGUGGCUGCACCAGCAACUAGUAAUGUUACCACAGAUUUAGCUUGUAGUCUCAGAAGGGCGCAGUUGACAAGAAUAUAACUUGAAAAGCAUAUAUUGUUCAAAAGCUUACCAUAUCGAUGCAUUUUAUGGCUCCAAGUAUCUUAUAGCAUCAACUCACCCGCCGUUAUAGCGCUAUACUAACUAGACACAUUAAGCGAAUAAGGCUUCAAUCCAGGGCUUCUUCGGCGAGGAACUGAUAAUACGACGCUAAACAUUGUUUGAACAAUAUCCAGGAUGUAACUGUACGACUGCGAAUCACGUUUGAACCGUUUUAUGAAUGGAAUAAGUGUAGGAGAUGAGAGUAUACAAUCCUGGUGGGGAUUACUUGGUUAACAUCGAAUGCUCUGGUGGAUUGUUUACGUCAAGGAUCUAAACGACUUAUUAUAAACGUUUUGGAUAUAGCUUAAUGUGUACUCAUUGGAUGCCUGAGAUAUUGUUUUAUGGAUUGGAUCAUAUAAGAACUCAACAUGUAAGUGUAGCAGUGGAACGCUUACAAUAUUCGAACCAAAGCAAAAACUGAUGUCCCGUGCGUAAAACUGGACAUGGAAUAUUGUGUACCUGAAAUGUUUGUUGGAUUUGUAAAUGGGUAAUCAUGUUAAUCAAGAAUAAUUAUGCAGAUAUGCCUUGAAAUUUAUACAUCACCAAAGUACCUUUAUUGUAUUGAUGGUCAAAGGUAAAAAAUGGCCAUAAAUGAGCUUGUUAGGGCCAUGACUAUGUCGUUCAAUGUGAGAUUUUAAAAUCAUUUGGCACAUUUGUUAACCAUCAUUGGACGGUGUGUCGCGCAAAAGAAUUACGUCGAUAUCUCCAAGGUCAAGGUCACACUUUGAGUUCUAAGGUCAAAAAUGGCCAUAAAUGACCUUGUCCGGGCCAUAACUUUGUCAUUCAUAGUGAGAUUUUGAAAUCAUUUGGCACAUUUGUUCACCAUCAUUGGACAGUGUGUUAUGCGAAAGAAUUACGUCAAUAUCUCCAAGGUCAAGGUCACACUUUGAGUUCUAAGGUCAAAAAUGGCCAUAAAUGAGCUUGUCCGGGCCAUAACUAUGUCGUUCAUGGUGAAAUUUUAAAAUCAUCUGGCACAUUUGUUCAAAAUCAUUGGACGGUGUGUCAUGCGAAAGAAUUACGUCGAUAUCCCCAAGGUCAAGGUCACACUUUGAGUUAAAAAGUAAAAAUUGGACAUAAAUGAGCUUGUCUGGGCGAUAACUAUGUCAUUCAUUGUGAGAUUUUAGAUUGACUCUGUACAUUAAUUUUGUUCACAGUCAUUGGACGGCGUGUCAUGUGAAAUAAUUCAAGAGUUCAAAGGUCAAAAUGGCCAUAAAUAAUAAUGGCAUAAUAAUUCUUAAAACUCGCCAUAAAUUAGCUUCUCUUGUUUUGUGAAGACAGCAUGCACAAUAUUCUGUGUCAAUGCAGCAUGUGGGGGUUUACGUCACGUCUGUGACAAAGCUCUAAUUAUACAUAUUUUUUUUAAAACAAUUUUGUGCUUUUUAAAGAUGAUUGAGUAAGAGUAACUUUUGUUACAAUGAAACAUGUGAUGGCAGAAAAUGCUUGAUUAAAUAUUGACAUUGUAAAUCUUCAAGGUUUAUUUGAUUCCUGAACAUUUAAGCUGUUGUAAAUGUUAACCAUAAUUUUACAAAAUAUGAAAUCACUCCAAAUUCAAAAUGUUCCGUUCUUAUUCGCUUACACCAGCUAAUCUUGUAAAUUUAUAUUUAAGACGACGCCUGAACUAAAGAGUUCUGGAGGAACUGCGUAUGUGAAAAAAAACUGAAUGUGCAAGAACCGCAGAAAUAGGAUGACACUGUUGAAACCUUGGGCAUGACAUGGAACCGACGUGUAUUUAGUUAUAAUUUUAUUACAAUCGCACCAAUGUUUUAUAUGAAACACAUUUAAAAAUUAAAAAGUCAUAUCAUUCAACAUGUCUAUUCGUAAUAAAAAAUUAUAAGAAACAUGUAUGUAAACUAAAAACUAAAUUAAUUAAAUCUAAAAGCACCAUUUAACAACAAAAGAUUCGGUUUUGAAACAAAGGAAAAUUUGGGAGUUGAAAGAGGAAAUCAGUUUUACUUUAUAACAUGUUUACAAAGCUUUACAUUUAAAGUUUAACACAGUAUGUUUAAAUUAAGCACAAUUGUAAUGUGUACAGGUAUUAAUGUUAAAUUGUUUGCAUGUGCAUUAUAGUAGCUA